UUGAAUCUUUCCCCCAUUCUUUUUAAAACACUCCCUGAAUUUUAAAUUCUCAAGAUGGUGCAGAAGAAGACAGCCGAGCUACAAGGUUUCCAUCGCUCUUUCAAGGUCCAGAACCCGUUCGACUUGGAGUUCUCCCAGUCAAACGACCUGGAAUGCGUCUUCAGCUUCGAAUGCCCAACCCGCCCCGACAUGCCCUCCAGCCAACCCAUCGACAUCCCCAACGCCAAGAAGAGGAACAAGAAGAAAAAACGUUGUCGAGCUACGGACAGUUUUUCAGGGAGGUUCGAAGAUGUUUACCAGCUCCAAGAUGAAAUCCUCGGGGAAGGGGCCCACGCGAAAGUCCAGGCCUGUGUUAACCUUAUCACCAACAAGGAAUAUGCAGUGAAGAUCAUUGAGAAGCGGCUCGGACACAUCCGAAGCAGAGUCUUUCGAGAGGUGGAGAUGCUUUACCAGUGCCAAGGACACAGGAACAUCUUGGAACUGAUUGAAUUCUUUGAAGAAGAGGACCGAUUCUACCUCGUGUUUGAGAAGAUGAGGGGAGGCUCCAUCUUAACCCACAUCCACCGACGGCGCCAUUUCAACGAACUGGAGGCCAGCAUGGUGGUACAUGACAUUUCGAGUGCCCUUAACUACUUGCACAACAAAGGAAUAGCACAUAGAGAUUUAAAACCAGAAAAUAUUCUCUGCGAAAGUUCCAAUCAGGUUUCCCCCGUUAAAAUUUGCGACUUCGACUUGGGAAGUGGAAUCAAGUUGAACGGUGAUUGUUCCCCCAUCUCUACCCCGGAGCUGCUCACCCCGUGUGGUUCGGCGGAAUACAUGGCCCCGGAGGUCGUGGAGGCGUUCAACGAAGAGGCCUCCAUGUACGAUAAGCGCUGUGACCUGUGGAGCCUGGGGGUUAUCCUCUACAUCAUGUUGAGCGGCUACCCACCCUUCGUGGGGCACUGUGGGACCGACUGCGGCUGGGACCGCGGAGAAGCCUGCCCCGCCUGCCAGAAUAUGCUGUUUGAAAGUAUCCAGGAAGGAAAGUAUGAAUUCCCCGAUAAAGAUUGGGCUCAUAUCUCUUUCGGAGCCAAAGAUCUCAUUUCGAAGCUCCUCGUGAGGGAUGCAAAGAAGCGCCUAAGCGCGGCCGAAGUCCUCAAACACCCAUGGGUGCAAGGGUGUGCUCCAGAUAACACCCUCCCAACUCCAAUCAUCCUUCAAAGGAACAGCAGUGCCAAAGAGCUGACGUCCUUCGCGGCGGAGGCCAUCGCUGUCAACCGGCAGCUGACGCAGCACGAGGAGGAGGCGGCCUCCGAGGAGCCCCGCCCCAUCCUGAUCAAAGCUACCUCAGGUUCUAUGCAGCUGUCUCCCCCUUCUGAGUCCAAGCUGGCCAAGCGGAGACAGAAAGCCAGCCUGGCCAAAGCUGAGGCCGGCCAGCACCGGAUGACCCCCCUGGUCCUGGUGGGAGACCAUCUGUGACUCU